AUGGUGUUCACUAUUAAAGUGGUUGAGACAUUUUUCAAAGAAUAUGGGAUCAAACUUUCUCAUUCAACCCUAUAUUUCACUCAGGCUAAUGGUCAGGCCAAGGCAAAAAAUAAAGUCUUGAAAGGCAUCAUAGAAAAAAUGGUAGAUGACAAUCCAAAGAAUUGGCAUAACUUGCUAGUUGAAACUUUAUGGGCCUAUCGAACAUCAAAGAAAUUUAGUACUGGUACAACACCCUUUGUACUAACAUAUGGACACGAUAUUGUUCUAUCCUUGGAGACGAAAGCUGUGGCAAGAGCAUAUGACAAAGGGUGCGGUUCGAGGACUUCGGUGAAGGAUACUUUGUGUGGAAAGUAA